AUGUUAAGCUUUCAAACUCUCUCAUAUCUUCACGGCAUACCAGUCAUCCGUUCAUCAACUAAUAAACUUCACGAGAUGUAUGCCAAAGCUAAAGAUACAAGUGUACUCAUUCGGCUUCCAUGCCAUUUAGCCGAAACAAUUACUGAUAAAUCAUUAAAAAUUGCUUUUACAGUUGCUCAUCCCCUUCGCAAACCAUUAUCUGACCUUGUACAUGUAAUUGAUGAUUAUGCCGCCGAAAAACUUCGUCAAAUUGAAUCUAAAUAUCCUGCUAUCAAUACACCAACUGAAGAAUUUACGAAUACAUUCAACGAAAAAAUUGAAUCUGUUCGUCAUGUAAUGAAUUCAGUUAAGGAUACAACUACAUCAACAAUUCAACAUGGCAAAGAGACUAUUUUUCAUGUAGCAACAGCCACAGUACAUAAGGCACCUGAUGUAGCUGAUUCUGUCUUCUCAUUUUGUGAAACAUAUGUACCAGGAAUCCAACAUCUUAAUGCUGGCAAAACAACAGAGUUACGUGAACAUGCUUGUUCAACUGUUAGUUCAUUAUUUAAUUAUGCAUUUCAUUCGGCUGAAUCAUCAUUAAUAUGGUCCAGAAUAUUGACUGUAUAUUCUUUUUAUUUAAAACAAAAUAAAUGA